AUGUUCAUGUUUAUACAAACACUAUUUUUGACGCUUAUAUUACUUGCGCUAUUGAUUAAAUCGGAAGCUUCGAUUGGGGUUUCAGUCACGGAUCAGAGGUGCGACUACUGGGAUUACUCCAAUGGAAAAGAACAGUGCCGUACUUGGAAUGUGGGCGCAAGCCGCCCAAACACUGUAAGCCCACGGCCCGUUCCAACUCCCUUGCUUCGUAACAAAAAUCCGCCAAAUAUGAACACAGUUACAAACCAAAUGCAAGAGGCCCAGGGGAGUGGCAUAUCGAGUCCAACCACUGACAGUGGAACUAACCGUCCGGCUUCCAAUGUUGAGAAUCACUCUUCUGAAGUGAAUGUAAAACCAGGUGAUCGUCAAGAUAGCAGCGGAAGGGGAAGUGAAACUUCGCAGCCAUCUGAAAGCCCCCGGGUCUCUGAGCCGGCGGUGCACCAGGCAGCUCACCACGGCGAACAGAAAGUGAGCCAAGAAGAACAAAAAUUGGGAGUUGUAAAGCAAGAAGGCGCGGAAAACAACCGCAGAGAAGGUGGGGAAGGAGAAAGGGUUGUUUCAACGCAACUUGUAACAGCUCACAACCGUGGGCACGUGACGCGGCCGUCGCCACAGGGGGUGAGUUCGGGGUCAGGUCAAAGCGAUGCAGUGGCGGUGGCCGCAGACAUUGUAGAUGUGUGGGAGUCCGCAGAAAGCACUACACGAAGCGGUAAUGGUGCGUGGCAUAGCGGAAGCAUGAUGAUACUCUCUGUUGCGCUUAGCUUCAUAUGUUCCUAG